AUAAUCACUCAGAUGUGGCGUGCGCCGUGCCACACGCGCCAACGACGCGUCGCACCACGUGAUCAUUUCAAUUCUCCUAGCCGCCAUCAUGAUACCGACGCCAGAUCUUUCUCAUUUGACUAGGGAUGAUCUAGAGCAGGUGUACGACCCAGCAGAGGACACAUUCUUGCUCCUGGAUGCCCUCGAACAGGAGGCGGAAGAGCUCAGGAAGGAACGUCCUCUGAUUUGUCUUGAGGUUGGUUCUGGGUCAGGAUGCGUAUCAGCGUUUCUAGGAAGGAUAUUAGGACAAUCUUCUUCCCUUUACCUCUGCACUGAUAUCAACAAACACGCCACGCGCUGUACACUCGCAACAGGGAAACAGAACAAGAUAACUUUAGAUCCAGUGACAUGUUCUCUAACACGACCCCUCUCAUCGCGAUUGCGUCACGCAGUUGAUAUUCUAUUAUUCAACCCCCCUUACGUGCCGACAGAUACAGGCGAAGCUUCCAGUGCUCAGAAUAGUGCUAAUAUCGCAGGGUCUUGGGCAGGGGGGACUGAUGGAAUGGAAAUUACCAAUCUUUUGUUACGAGACGUCGAGUGCCUGUUAUCACCGCGAGGUAGAUUUUACUUGGUUGCCUUGAAACAAAACGAUGUCCCAAGUAUCCGGUCCAGAAUGUUGGAAGAAUUUGGUUUGACCAGUCAGAUUGUCAUUGAACGACGGGCGGGAAAAGAGUUUCUGUUAAUUAUUCGGUUCACACGGACCUCCCCCUAGGGUAGCUGAUUACUGCAGCUAACACUGGCCUUGCAAUGAGAUGGCA